AUGGCAAUGAAAAUCUACCACACGCUGGCUCUUGAUCUACAACCAUGGGUCCUUCGAGCUGUUGACAAGAUGCGACGCAGUUUCCUUUCGAUGCAAUCUGAUUGCGUCAAAGGGAGCAUCUGGCUCGAGAGGAAUCGCGCCGAGUGCUCAAAAAAUUCACUUGUGCUCGCAAAAGCGGUUGUCCAGAAGAUCCGCGCCCAUUGCUAUGAGUGGAAGAAUGUGGGGAAUACCGGAUCCAAACUACAUCAUCUGCCAUUACAAUACUUGAAAGACAUCACAAAUAACUUUUGUGCUGAGUGGAUACUUGGUACAGGUGGUUUUGGUGUGGUAUAUGAGGGAGUGCUACAAAAUGGGAAAAGUAUUGCAGUGAAGAAGCUUUUGCAGGCAAAGCCAAUCUCGUUGAGGCAAUUUGAAAAUGAGGUUAAUCUUCUUAUGAAUCUAAAGCAUCCAAACAUAGUGCGUCUUGUAGGCUACUGCUAUGAAACACAACAUUUACCUAUGCUUCAUGAAGGAAAAAUCUUUUUUGAUUGGAUCACUGAAAGUUUGCUUUGCUUGGAAUGCUUGCCUAAUGGAAGUCUUUAUAAGCAUAUUUCAGGUGCAUCUUCUGGACUUGAUUGGGCCACACGAUGGAAAAUAAUUGAGGGGAUAUCCUAUGGUCUGCAGUGCCUUCAUGAGCAAUCGAAAAAUCCUAUUCUUCAUUUGGAUCUGAAACCAGCAAACAUAUUGCUUGAUGAAAAUAUGUUACCAAAAAUUACCGAUUUUGGUUUAUCAAGAUUGAUUGAUCAAGAACAAACUAUUUACACUACAAAUAUGGUAGGAACACUAGGUUAUAUGCCACCAGAAUACCUAUGGCGUAUAAUCACAAGUAAGUCAGAUAUAUUCAGUUUUGGUGUAAUAAUCAUGGAGAUAAUAACGGGACAAAGGGACUACCCAGAAGAUAUUAAAGCAUCUUCUCAUGACUUCAUCGACCAUGAACUUCAAGAAUGGAGAAAUAGGCUACAGAAAGAACCGGGGUAUGCAUCACUAGAAUCAGAUUGCCGACGAAUAGAAAGAUGCAUUCAGAUUGGUCUAAUAUGCGUGAAUCCUGAGCGUACCAAAAGACCUACAAUGAAGAAAAUAAUCGAUAUGCUUGAAGGGUUGGAGAGUAUGAAUUG